AUGCGUUACUCCAUCGCCUUCGCCGCCGCUGCUCUUGCCAGCUCCGUUUCCGCCCACGGUGUCAUCACCCAGGUCCAGGGCGCCAACGGUGUCAACAUGCCCGGUCUUUCUCUCAUUGACGGUACUCCCCGCGACUCUGGCAACCCGCUUUCCGGCUCCGAGGCCGAUACCUCCAUCAUCCGUGCUAAGGAGAUGGGCGGCAAGGCCUCUGCUCUCGGUCGCACCCAGGGUGGCGGUCCCGUCGACGCUGGUGCUGCCAUCGCUAAGUUCAUGGGCACUGGUGGUGCCGGUGGCGCUGCUGCCGCUGCCAACAACAAGCGUGGUCUCCUCGACGCUCUGACCGGCGGCAAGGGCGGCAAGGGCGGUGCUGCUGCUUCUGCUGGAACCAAGACCCCCAAGGGUACCAAGGAGAAUGGUGUUGCUGCUGCUGCCGGUCAGGGUGCCACUUCUGGUCUCCCUACCACUGCCGACGACGGUACCAUCACCAUGACCUUCCACCAGGUAAACCAGGACGGUGCUGGUCCCCUCAAGGCUGCGAUCGAUGCCACCUCCGGUGGUACCGACCCUGCUGCUUUCCAGGCCGCCACUGUCACCCAGGACGUUCCUGGUAUCGGUAUCGGUGGUCUCUCUGCCGCUGCCGUCAUGGACUUCCCCGUCAAGGUUCAAAUGCCCCAGGGUAUGACUUGCCAGGGUACCGCCGGUGGCGCCCAGAAUGUCUGCGUCGUCCGCAUGCAGAACGCCGCUCUUGCCGGUCCCUUCGGCGGCUCCGCUGCCUUCACCCAGUCUACCCAGGCUAAGAAGCGUGCCGUCGAGUACAACCUCCGCAAGCGCCACAUGGCCCGCGGUAUCCUUGGCAAGCCCGAGUAA